GGUCCCUUCAUGGUGGCUGCCAUCUUGGCUUCCUCGUCUGCACAAAGGCAGCAGGCUCGACACAACAACGCUGAUACAUCGCCACCAAGCGGUUGUACCUGAAAUAGAAAGCCUCUGUCUGUCGGAGUUGACAGGAGAAAUAUGGGAAACGAGCAAUCAAACGCUAAAGAGCGAACCAAGAGUGUAAAAAAAACAGAGAGGCAUGAAAAUGGAUCAGUGAAUGGCCUUUCUACACCUGAUGGACCGGAGAUUGAUGUUACAGGUAAGACAACUGUGCAGAACGAUGGAGGGCCUCCAUCUUUAGAUCAUCUCACUGAUACAACAGAGUAUGUAGUAAUCGAAUCAGACUCUCAACCUGCUCCAGAUGUAGCCCCAGUUAUUUCUGACAUCGUCGAUGCCGCCACCAAGACAGAGGAGGUCCUUGCAACAGUGAAUGAGACGAAGGAUGAUGUCCUGGAAACAGUGAACAAGACGAAGGAUGAUGUCCUGGAAACAGUGAAUGAGAAGAAGGAUGACGCCCUGGAAACACUCAAUGAAAAGAAAGACGAGGUCCUGGAAACUUUGAAUGAGAAAAAAGAAGAGGUCCUGGAAACUAUCAGCAAGACAGAGGAAGUUGUGGAAAACACCAUCAAGGCUGAGGCCAAGAAAAGUAAAGAAAAAAUCAAUCUGUUUGGCAAAAUGUUCAAAAAGAAGGCUGAACCUCCUGCACCUCAGCCAGCCCCUGUUGAGGUUAUUGAAGAAAAAGUUGCCCCAAGUGAAGAUCAAACAGAUCAAAAAGCUCCAGAGGAAAGUCCGCCUGCCAGUGAUGAACCGGACGCAGCUAACGUAGAGCCAGAAUUGUCCCCAGAACCAGAGCCGGAAAGUGUAACUCCAGACCCGAGUCCAGAAGAGGAAAAAGCUCCUGAACCAGAGACAGAGAACAGUCAACCGGAGGAAGAGCCAGAGGAGAGCAUCCCAGAAGAGAAUCCAGUUAUGAACUUCUUCAAAACACUAGUGACUCCCACUAAACCAACAAAAAAGGAAACAGCUACUCCUGCUGCUGCAAAAGAUCAGCCCCCAGAGGAGAGCCAACCAGAUGCAACUACUACUGUUGCACAAGUUUCUGAACCGCCCGCAGCACCCAAAGGAAUGUCUAUCCCACCGCCACCUCCUCCAGAGCCACCGAAAAUGGAAAUCAAAGCAGAGCCAGCAGCAAAACCUGCCAAAUCCUCACCGAAAGUAGAACCAAAAGCUGCUGCAAAAGAACCCGAGCCAGGAAAAGGAAAAUCAGCCAAAGAUACUCUGAGCAAAUUCUUCCGUCCAAAGACAAUCAAGAAUCCAGAGCCAACAGAAGAAGUAGAUGCACAACCAGUAGUAGAAGAAAAGGAAACACCAGAGGAGGUGGCUGAGAUAAUUGUAGAAGUUCAGGAGACACCAGUGGAGGUACCCGAGCCUGUUGUAGAAGUCAAGAGUGAAAAUGUUGUUGAACCUCCCGAGACAGCGGAGGAGUCGGCACAGCCCGAUGUAGAGGAGCAGAUUGCUGCAGAUGCAGAAGUACCACAACCAGAGAUAGAGACUGAGAAGGCGGAUCCCUCGAAAGCCGGCACUCUGGAGGCUGCUGCAAAACCGGAGCCACCGCCACCUGUUCAGGAAGAGAAGAAAACAGCCUCAAAGUCAGCUUUCCUUUCCCUCUUCAAGCCAAAAGUACUGUUAGACAACAUGACUUCAAAAGUCCAGGCAGCCUCCACAAGUGGAGUUCGGUUCCUCAGGAGAACGGCUGGAGUGGCUGCUGACCCAAAGAAGGAGACCCCUGCCCCCGCUGCAGCAGCAGACACAGCCCAGACAGCCAAAGAGGAACCUAAAGCAGCAGCCAAGUCUUCAGAGGCAGCAGUAGAAAACAAACCGGCUUCAGCAGCACCACCAGCUGGAGAGGAUGCAGCCCCUGUUCCCAAGCUGGAGAAGAGAAACUCUAUCCACAAGUUCUUUAAAAAUCUGGGUCAGAAGCGCGGCUCCACAGAUGCUGGGGUCCAGGCGGAGGCAGCCGCUGCAGCUGAGAAGGCCAAAUGAAACCAAAAGCAACACUGAAGUUUACCUGUACAGACUCCCUUCCUCUUCCUCUUUCUCAAUCUGUAUCUCUCUCUCUCUCUCUCUCUCUCUCUCUCUCUCUCUCUCUCUCUCUCGCUCUCUCUCUUUCUCUCUCUCCUUCCACUCCCAUCUCUAACUACAUUUUCUGUUUUUACUACUGUUAUGAAUUCAAAGAUCAACAAGUCUUGAAGGAACAAAGCAAGUGUGAGAAAGAGUUGGUGGUGGAAAUAAGGCAUGGCAAGGUUGUGAGAUAAAUAUAUAUAUUUUUGGUCAUAUAGACGUCUUGACAAGUAAAGCAAUAUGAGUGAGAAACCUUUUCUACACAUGUUUAAUGUGACUUAUCUCUGACAUACUGGGCUUUUAUAAUGGACGGAUGCAUGCUUUGCUUUCAGCAGAUUAAUAUGUCAGAAACAUAAAAAAACACUGUUAUAAAGGUUUUAUUUUUCCAGUUUAAACCAGGAAAAUCACACAGUUGUGGAAAUGCAGAGUAGAAUGAGAUAUUAAGGAUAAAAGUACUUUAAUGUAUAUAACAUUUUAGCAUAUUUCUUUAACAAACUGCACUUGAAGAUUUCUUAAACUACGCUACUGUAUAUGUUAAACUAAAGCACAUAUUUUAACUUGUCAUGUAUUUGGGUAUUCAUGUGGGAAAAUCACAAUCUUUACUGCUCUGUGGGGACCUGAUUGUAAGUGUUCACAAUAACAAAUGCAUCUGAGGUGGCAGAAUGGUGUCUUUGUGCAAAUGUGUCCUUGUGGUACGUUUCGCAGUUUUCAUAAAUCACAGUCGAUUAGCUUUUAAUUUGAUUGCAGCACUUUGUGUCGUCUAAUGUAACGGAAGUGUCUAAUGGUGUAAGUCAUUUAUGUUUGGCAUAUGUGCAAUUAAUAUCAUGCUUUUGUUUGCCUAGAAGGAUGUAUGUAUGCAUAACAUCAGCUCUCUCAAAGACAAUAAAUUCCAUCAAUAUUUGUUUGCUCUUUCUUCAAGUACAGCAGGUUCCUCAUGACUGUGGGUGGUGAAAAUAUGUAACUCUUCAAGUUUUCCAACAUUUAAAUGUGACCUUAUUCUAGUGGUGUCCAAAUUAAUUCAAAGACUACAAAUUAAAAGCAGCUUUG